AUGCUGAGCGUUCUACCUCCAGCAAACUCCAGGCCCAGCCUGCUCAGAGGACUCUCCCGCAGUGUAAAUGAGGACACUGUUGGCCCAUGUGGGGAGGGGAUGUAGAUAACAGCGUCAGAGGCAUCGGUUGCUUCUGGCACCAUGGACGAUGCCACAGUCCUAAGGAAGAAGGGUUACAUCGUUGGGAUCAAUUUGGGGAAAGGCUCUUAUGCUAAAGUGAAAUCCGCUUACUCUGAGCGCCUAAAAUUCAACGUGGCGGUCAAGAUCAUCGACCGCAAAAAAACACCCACUGACUUUGUGGAGCGAUUCCUGCCCCGGGAGAUGGACAUCUUAGCUACGGUCAACCAUCGCUCCAUCAUCAAGACCUAUGAGAUCUUCGAAACUUCCGAUGGGAGGAUCUACAUUGUCAUGGAGCUCGGGGUCCAAGGAGACCUCCUAGAGUUCAUUAAAUGCCGGGGAGCCCUGCACGAAGAUGUGGCUCGCAAGAUGUUCCGCCAGCUCUCCUCGGCCGUCAAGUACUGCCACGACCUGGACGUUGUCCACCGCGACCUCAAGUGUGAGAACCUCCUCCUGGACAAAGACUUCAACAUCAAGCUGUCCGACUUUGGGUUCUCCAAGCGCUGCGUACGGGAUGGCAACGGGCGCAUCAUCCUCAGCAAGACCUUCUGCGGGUCGGCAGCCUACGCGGCCCCCGAGGUGCUCCAGGGCAUCCCCUACCAGCCCAAGGUGUACGACAUCUGGAGCCUGGGCGUGAUCCUCUACAUCAUGGUCUGCGGCGCCAUGCCGUACGACGACUCUGACAUCAAGAAGAUGCUGCGCAUCCAGAAGGAGCACCGCGUGGACUUCCCCCGUUCCAAGAACCUGACCGGCGAGUGCAAGGACCUCAUCUACCGCAUCUUACAGCCUGACGUCAACCGGCGGCUGCACAUCGACGAGAUCCUCAGCCAUUCCUGGAUGCAGCCACCCAAGCCCAAAGUCAUGCCCUCGGCCUCCUUCAAGCGGGAAGGGGAGGGCAAGUACAGAGCUGAGUAUAAGCAGCUGGACGCCAGGUCGACCACCAAGCAGGAACACAGACCGGAUCAUAAGCUGGGCGCCAAGACCCAGCACAGGCUGCUGGUGGUCCCCGAGAGUGAGGAGACCAGGCCUGAAGACAAACUGGCUGAGACAUCCAAGACCAAAGACCAUCUGCCAGGACCUGAGGUGGGGAAAGCUCAUGGCUGAAGGUGGCCGGCCGUCCUGCCCCUCUCCCUCAAGGUAGUCUCUGUCACGUAGCUUCCGUACAAGUAGCUAAGUAGGCAGGUGGGAGCAGAAGAAGGCACAGGUGCAAGGAAAAAGUAAAAUCUGUCAAUUAAACCACUAUUUUGAUUACGUUCUAUAGCUUUCUUCCCACUCAGUAGCAGAGAUACUACUUGCUAAUCACCAAAUAAACCACAAAGUCUAUACAA